CAAUGUCACGUGAUUUACCCGGAAGUUUCACGUCUUGAACUUUGGACUUUGGACUCGGAGAAGGUUUGGACAUGGACGAAGACAUGUCCCAGGAGGUGGACACCUUCAUAGCGAGUCUGAAGCUGCUCGUCAACCUGGGCAAAGUUCUGUUGGAGCAAGCUAAGAAGGACUCCGAAGCCUCCCUGGAGAACUUUGUCCCUCACAAAAUCGCCACUUUAUACGGCCUGAUCGUAGCUGGAGCAGACUUCUACAAGAGCAUCGGAGUGAAGAAGAAGACAGAAGCCGAGGCCCUGUGGAAGAAGUGGUAUGGGCAUGCCGCAGUGCGAGAGCAAGUGGACGAGAUGCUGCAGCUCCAGAGCGACUGGGACUCCUUCCUGCAGUUUGUGGACGAAGGUCUUCCUCCGUCCUCGAGUGGUCUGACUCCUGCAACAGACAUCUUUAGCCCUGAAACGUUGUUUAUUGACGGCCGCAGUGGAGCGAGUGUAACACUGGACCAGUACCGCCCUCAGGGUCAGAAAAUUCUGCUGGUCCUCAUCAGACACUUUGGAUGACUGCCGUGACGCGACCAUGUGGCCGAGCUGCAGGGCAACCAGGCUGCCCUGGAGGCUCGGUCCAUAAAGGUCUUGGUGGUGUGUUUCGGUGCCUUGGAGGGGUCUCAGCUGUGGCUGCAGCAGACUGGAUGCACAUUCGACAUGGUGCUAGACUCUCAAAGAAAGAUCUACAAGAGUUUUGGACUCGUCUCAUCCUACGCUAAGGUAAUGAGCUUUGGCACCCUGCUGCAGUAUUCCGAGUAUCCAGCAGUGAACAGAGACCUCCCUGAAUUCCCCUUCCACCUGCUGGAAGACCUCUACCAGAUGGGAGGAGAUUUCCUGUUGAGCAAAGCCAACCAAAUCCUCCUGUUCCACCAGUGUAAAACCCCGAUGGACCGGCCCUCCAUUAGCCGUAUCCUAGAGGCGUCUGACACUGCCCGCUAACUGCAGAAGAAACCUUACACAUUCCAGCCAGGUUAGGUUAGAUCACUUACUUUGAACACGAGUUGAGCUCCGCUUCGACCCACGCUGAUGACGUCACGCCUCGCCCUCACUCUGUUGUGAUGAGGCGCGACCGAUGCCAAAGAGUGGGGCGAAGAUGUCCGCUCCUCGUUUUUAGAUCAGUGUUUUGAUCAAUCUGCUUUUAUGUGUGAUAAUUGAUUUUAGCUUUGUGGUUGAGGUUUGGCGUGUUCCUGUGGUCAUGAAGUGCAAUACAGAUAGUUACGCUUAAUUUUUGAUAAGGAAUAAGAUGUAAAUAAUCAGCUGUUUGAACUUAUAAAAAAAAAACAUUCAGUGAAGAACAAUCAAAUUUGGCCUUUUUUAAUGCACAGGUCACUGUGAUCCCUUCCCUCCCAAGGUUUCUCAUUGUUCCCAUUGGGUUGAGUUUUUUCCUGCCCUGAUUUGGGAUAAGAGUCGAGGAUGUAGUGGUGGUUUGUGCAGCCUUUUGAAGCAUUUGUGGUUAAGGGCAAUAUGAGUAAACAUUGAAUGAUAAUAAAGAUUAAUUGCAUACAUUCAGCUUUUAAUGUGCACUUUUUACAACAUGAAGACUUUUUAGGAGGAGAAUCUCGGCGCUGAGUCAGCCGUCAAACACGAGUCCCGCCCUUCACCAGAAUUUGCACUAAUAUUUGUAAGGAUUAUCUCAGCCCUCAGAGACCCCAAAUCCGACAUAAAAAACAAAAGCUCUGUGGAAGUACAACAGUGUAACUUUAUAACCAAUAUGCUGACAUCACCAGAUUAAUACAAGUCGUAAAAUACCGAUACGACAUUGUCAAAAAGCUUUAAAUGAUGUGUUUAAAAAUGUUUUAACAUUCUUUGUUGCUGUAAGAAAAGUGUCUUAAAUGUGCAUUACUCCCUUUAGCCAGCCGGCGCCCUCACCACUAGUGGUAAAUCUCCAGCUUCUUUUCCACUGCAUGAUAAGUGUUUCCCAUAGAACUACAGUCUAUUUGUGGUGGAGGUGAAUGUAAUAACCUAAUUGUCGAAAUUGCAUAAUGGGCAAUGUUGCAUUUGCAAAAAGCGACUAAAAAUGACAUGAAAAGCAAAACAAAUAAUUUUGGAACUACAAACAAAUGUUCAUCUGUCGUUUCUUUUUUGUUUUA